AUGCCAGACCUGGCUGGCCUCUGCGCGGAUGCGCUACACCAACUCUUAACUAUGCUGCGCGAUGACUGGGUGGCCGGCGAUGAAUACCUAUUCAACACUGCCAGCCGCUGUAUCUUCUGCCCUAUGCUCGAUGCCGCACUGCCCCUCCUUCACGUUCCUAUCACUUCUUGGAGGGCGUAUAUUACCGUGCGCACGAUGAAGCCUUACAAUGCCCUCUGCAACAACACCAUUUUACGCCUUCCCAUUAUUGUGUUCACUCUCACCGCUUCUCUACCUCUGCUAAUGUCGCAAUUUCUCAAGAUCGCGAUUAAGGAAAUUCCUUUGAGGCAAGAACACGAAUAA